AUGAAUGAAUCACGUCCGGUUCUUAUAUACGCCGAACUUCUAUCGCGUAUACAAGGGGUAUCCGUCGGAUGCGAGCUUUAUACACCAAGCUCACCCGAUACUAAAGCCACCAUCUCAUCUGAUGGUUGGUUCUUCACAAUUCAUCACGAUGGCAUACAGACUUCCAUACAUCUCCCCGGGCAAGUCGUCUCAGUUAAGCAACUACCAAUACAGAGUAUCGGCAAGAAACAUCUCUCCUGUCGAUUGCCUCUUGCUUCAAGUCUAGAGCGCCAUGCAUUUUCCACGCCAGGAGAACAAACAGUUCCGUGGUCCGCGACUGAUCUUCAACCAGGAUCACACAUUACUUGUCGAAGAUGCCACGCCAACAUUGUUGAGCCUGGUUUAAUUAAAGUAUGGAAAGAUUUGCCCAGUGAGAACUGGGCUGAAAUGAUGGAAUUCUGGCAUUGCCAUAAACCUCAUGACCACGGACACGGACACGAACAUGAUGAUGAUGGUGUUGCCUCUAAAGCAUAUGGUGCGAAUUCUAGGAUAUCUGCCCAAGCAGGUGUCGGGUUUGUGGAUCUCUCCUCUUUUCUACUAUCAGAGACGGAUAUUUCUGUAUCGGCGAUAACAAAAGUUCCAUCCUCUUUAGAGUCACGCAGUGAAUCAGAAAAUCGUGAUGAGACACAUGAAAAUGGAGAACCACAUAGUUUACACCCAGACAACAUAUCCAUUUCCUGUGUAUCCUGUAAGAAUCAGUUAGGAAUCCUGAACGAACUGGGAGCUGCCGUUACUCUGUUCAAGUGGCAGGUCUACGUGGAUGAGCAGAUUUCACAAGGCCCUGAUAACUCGCCCAAUCUAUUCCACUGGGUCAGCUCUAUUCUACUUGCGACGAUAGCCCGCUCCGGCUGUUCAAAGUCCAUCUUACUACCAAUGAAACUAAAAGACCAGCCAGUGCAGAAUGUUUCCCAAGCAAACGGAACAUCCCAGUCUCUAUUAAAUAUCUGGGUAUUCAACAACAUCUCCUUCUCGUCCACGGGGGAGGGAAGGUCACCGAUGAAGGCUAUAAAGGUGUUUUAUCGCAUGGUUAGUCAAGGUGAAGCAGACAAAUUACUUGACUCUAUGAUGUCAGAUGUACAAGACAUUACCCUACCGGCUGAGGCAAUCGAAAAGGUAAAGGAUAUCCUAAACCGCAACAACUUCUUAUUGCCCCAAAGUGACCGUCAAUUCAAGGAAUGGAAAGUAAGUCUUCUGGAGAAGUGGGAAGGAAAAGACGGGUGA